AUGGCUCCCUCGGUUGAUGAGAGAGUCAAGGUGGCCAGAGCAAGGCGGAGGGAUGCGAAGACCCAGUCUUACACAUGGUGGAUAGCGGGAACUGCUACCACGGUUCUGUUUGCCUGUGCUGCGGUCAUUGUGAGCCCUGACGGAGGACCUUUCGAGACGCCUGUCAACGACGCGAGCUUCAUCGCCCACCUCCAGCACAACGCGCGCUGGCAAGCAGGGGAGGUCCCAUUCUUCAAGGGCUGGACCAUCGGGGACGUGCAGAGACUCAGCGGGAUCAGAGUCUCCAAUCAAGGCGGCAUCCCAGAGUGCUCUCUGCCAGAGGUGGAUGUGCCUGAAAGUUUCGAUGCCCGACAGAGGUGGCCCCGAUGCUUUCCACCCGUCUUCGAGAUGGGGAACUGUUCGGCCAGCUGGGCCCUUGCUGCCGCGGCUUCGGUGAGCCACAGGCUUUGCAUCAGCAACCGGCCGAGUCGCUUGUCCGCGCAGCAGCUGCUCUCGUGCGAGCGAGAGUUCGGGCAAGGCUGCGACGGCGGCUCUCUGGACACCGUCUGGAAGUACAUGAAGCAGUCCGGGCUGGUGACUGAGCACUGCUUCCCCUACCAGGCAGCAGAUGAUGUGCCUUGCGCCACGUGUGGCACGGAGGAGCCCAACCGGGUGGCCUCCGUUUGCAAGGUGAGCACUGCGGGGAGCAUUCGACGGGAGAUCUUUCUCAACGGGCCGGUCCUGGCACCGGUGAUGCUCAUGAACGACUUCCUGCUGUACAGGGGUGGUAUCUACCAAGAGACGCGCACCGCCUCACAGCUGGUGACUCCUGACCGGCAGCGCCAGCUUCAUGCUGUGACUCUGCUGGGCUGGGGCAUCGAUGGCGAACAGGAAUACUGGAUCAUCGAGAACUCCUUUGGCCAGGGCUGGGGUGAGGAUGGCUAUGCGAAGGUCAAGAGGGAUGGGGUGCUGCUGGAGGAGCCGGGCGCACGGCCGCCGAACGGCCGCCGAACGGCCGCCGAACGGCCGCCGAACGGCCGCCGAACGGCCGCCGAACGGCCGCCGAACGGCCGCCGAACGGCCGCCGAAUUGCCGACUGGCGAGUAUUCGGUGCUCCGCUCUAUGCCGAGGUUUGUCUUCGCUGGCACGCCGGCCAACCCGAAGGUGCUGAACUUUGGAGGCAGGUGA